AUGGACGCUCUCUCACCAAGAUCAACAAACCAAAUUAUCAAGCCCAAACUUGCCAUGGAUCGGAAAGUCGUCAACAAACCCGCCGCUGCCGGUCAGAAGGCUCCCUCUAAGAAUCAUGCCGACCCCCCACCUCCGUUGGUCCCAGAACCUGCGGAUAGUGGAGAGCAAUAUGCGAUAGGCGCAUUCUUAGGGAAAGGCGGAUUCGCUGUAUGCUAUGAAGGCACACUUGCGCGGAAUGGCCGCGUGUAUGCGAUGAAAGUCGUCAAGUCUCAGAUGCCACAAAAGAAAAUGGAAGAAAAGUUCCGGACCGAGCUACAGAUUCAUUCAAAAAUGCGCCAUCCAUUCGUUGUGCAGUUUUACCGCGCUUUUGCAUUCGAGCAAAGUACCUACGUGGUACUGGAGCUAUGUCCGAAUGGGUCAGUGAUGGAUAUGGUACGGAAGCGACGAUACCUAUCAUUACCCGAAGUAAGACGGUUCAUGAUUCAACUUUGCGCCGCCAUGAAAUAUCUACACAAAAGAUUUGUUGCGCACCGUGAUUUGAAAAUGGGGAACCUGUUUCUCGACCAAUACAUGAACAUCAAAGUCGGAGAUUUUGGCCUGGCCGCUAUGAUUCUCUCAGACAAGGAUGCGAAAAGACGAAACACUUUAUGCGGAACACCAAAUUACAUCGCCCCGGAGGUUCUGGAUAAGAGUAAAGGUGGUCACACGCAAAAAGUGGACAUCUGGUCUCUCGGUGUCAUUUGCUUUGCCAUGUUGACUGGUUUCCCGCCGUUUCAAUCCAAAACGCAAGAGGAGAUUUACAAGAAAGUUCGAAAUCUGGCCUAUGUGUGGCCAAAGGAUUCGGAAAAUAACAAUCACAUUCCCGAAGAGGCCAAGGACCUAGUUAGUGCUUGCUUGAAUCUCGUCGAUGAAGAACGCCCAGACCCAGAUGACAUUGUCGAGCACCCAUUCUUCAACAUGUACGACGGAUGCAUUCCUCGCCAGUUGGAUCCCGCCACGCGUUUCACCAAGCCAAUUUGGCUGAAGGAUCAGGCUCCAAGAGGUGACGUGAUGAUCAGUGGUUAUGGUUUGGACUCCGACGAGAAGCUGCGUGGCUAUGUAUACCAGGUGGAUGAUCCGAGCCAGCGCUAUCACUCUUGCAAGGCAGCGUUUUACUCACUGUGCGGUGUUGGGCGGAAACCUGAUGGGACCGCUCGCAAGUCUGUGGGGCGAAAUUGCUCAAAAUCUGCCUAUUCUGAGUGCGAGACAGAGGAUGCAAGAGGUCUGCGCCCCUCCGUUCCAUUGCCUAUGGACUUUAUCUAUCAAUGGCCCCAUGACCUCGAGGGCGAUUGGUGUCUUGCGGAAACAUCACGAAAAACGGUCCCCAGUGUUGAUGGUGCUAGUGACAGCAGUAUAUUAUCAUCUCGGCGAGCUGUAUCCGCUCGUACUAAUCCAUCAGCCACGCGAACAAAUGCGGCUCUUGCUGCGGCCCAACAGCGCAGAAUGGAGCCUCAAAGUCACGCCGCGACACUUCGCCAGCAGGGUCGAGUUGGCAUGGUCUCUCCUCGCAAGAUUCCGGGAAUGGGUGAGCAGGAGCCAGCGAGACCUUACCGGGAAACCCAGGAGCCCCCUGUACCACCAGUCCCUAGUGUACCUUUGGGUGGGCUCGCGGAGCGGCCCAUCCGAACUCGACGAAUGGCAUCGGCCUCCCAAGCCCAGACCCGGGAUAUUGAAAGACCGCAGUUGACCAAGUCAACCAGCAUGCCAUCGGGGUUGACCAUUGGCAAGACUCGGUCUCAGUCUCGUCGGCUGGAGGCCGCUGGUCAAGGACCUAUGUCGACCGAACCCAAGUUACCGCGAUUGGAGGAAAGAUUAGCUAGCCGACAGCCAACCUUACGAUCAUCUCGACCGGAGCUAAAGAUUGCUCCCGAAAGAGCAGAACGACCAAAGGUCAUCAGCCCCACCGAAUCAGUAUUCACAUCCAGCACGCAGUCAAAGCCGGUAACCACGUCUCACGGAAUCGGUCGGACCAACAGCAAGGGAAAUUCGUCAACGAAGCCUCGCUCUAGUCUGGGACUUACGCCUCUCUUCCACAGCGAAGAUGUUUGCGAGAUCUUGCCAGGCACUUCUUUGAGCGAAGUCAACACGGAUUUGCGCCUUAUGUUGUCGAAUCUUGUUAGCCAAUCUACCCGCCGCCGAACAGGUCCUCGGAAGCAGCCCCACGCAUAUGUUAUCAAGUGGGUUGACUACACCAAUCGAUAUGGCAUCGGGUAUGUACUGGAUGAUGGUAGUGUUGGGUGUGUUUUCAAGGGAGAGAACGGCCAGCCGGCUUCCAGUGUGAUUGUGCGAGACGGUGAAAGACACAUACGCCGUAAAGCGCGCAGUGCCGAUAAUGGCGAGGAGAAAGGUAUUCCAUACUCAGAAGCUGAAUACCUGAUUCCCCGCCAUGGCAGCCCUGUAGAAUUCUACGAGAACCACGAUGACGAUCUGCUGGGUUGCCGUGGUAUCCGGCGAGGAUUCAUCUCCCCAUCUUUGUUCGAUCCCAGAACCUCGAGGGCGAUGAGAUUACGCGUCAAUACGGGGACAGAAGCUGACAAAGCUGAUAUGGAGAAGAUCAAGCGAGUGAAGUUGGUCGAUCAGUUUGGAAAGUACAUGAUUGGAUCCCUGGGUCGCCAUGGCGAUGAUGGCAGCGAUCACGUCUCCAGCCACAUCAGUGGUCAAUUCAUCAAGUUCUAUCAGCGACUGGGCAAUGUCGGUAUCUGGGGAUUCGGUGAUGGCGCUUUCCAGUUCAAUUUCCCGGAUCAUACCAAGCUGGUCAUUGCUCCGGGUCGUACCCGGAGCUCUUCACCGUGGAUCGACUUCUAUCAUCUUUCACCCUCUGCUGCACGCUACUUCUCCGCGAAGGGGAAGAUGCAUCCGGCUGGAUUUGACACGCGCGCUGUCGCGUCAGAUGAAGCGGCCACUUUCUUGAGCAUUGUCAACGGAGAGUCCCUCAACUCCGUCGAAGACCGUAUCCGGGAGAUCUUGGAUGCCAAUUCCUUCCUCCAGAAAGUCAGCUUCAUUAAGGAUGUGUUGAAGGUCUGGAUCAAGCAUGGGCGUCUUGGUGGUCGUCCUAUGUCCAGAGGGCUUCCAGGCGAUAUACCCCCAGAAAUGUUCUGGCAAGGUACUCAGGAACGGUCGCAAAGCGGCAGCUCUGGGACCAAGUUUGUCUGGGUAACCGUCGGAGCUCCUGAUGGUGAUGGAGAGUAUCGGUCGGUAGUGCUAAAGGAGAAUGACAAAGAAAAGCUGGAGAAACGGGGAAUGGAAGUGGAUAAGGAGGUGGACAUGUUGAAAGAACGACUACGAGUAAUGGGUCGUUAA